AUGUCAAGCCAGGCCAGUUGGAACUCCGUGACGGGGAUCGCAACCCUUCUGUUCGAUGGCAAUUUAGUCGCCAUUGCCAUCGCAGUCCUGUUUACGUUUGGUGUUCCCAUUCUUCUACAUGUUCUCUUUUUCCAAGCUGUAGCCUCGCCGCCCCCGCGCAACUUCCUGUUGUUAGGCCCCAGCGGAUCAGGAAAAACUGCGUUCACGACUCUGCUUGAGGCGAAGUCCUCCCCGGCCUCAAAGAAGUCCCAUUCCACUCACACCUCUCAGACCUCGACCUUUGUGUCGGUCACUCUUCCACCCACUGUCCCGACUGCGUCUAAUCGUUACCGAUCGGUAAAUGAUCCCUCGUUGAAGGAGGCAGCGAGAAACCCAAUUCGCUACCAGGUGAAAGACACCCCAGGCCAUGGCAAGCUCCGUGCUUCGCAAGGCAUCACUGCGCUCCAAUCCAUGGCUGGCUCCAAGGACUUGAAAACCAAGAUUCGUGGAGUGCUCUUCAUGGUGGAUACCGCCGCCCUAGUGGAUGAAGCCACCUUGCGAGACACCGCGACCUACUUGCACGACGUGCUUCUGAUUCUUCAGAAGCUGGAGCUGAAGAAAUCGUCCACCAAGCGAUCUAUGGAGAUCCCCGUCUUGGUGGCCGCCAACAAGCAGGAUCUGUUCACGGCCCUCCCCCCCGGCUCCGUUCGGGAGAAGCUGGAGGCCGAGAUCGAUCGGAUUCGCAAAUCCAAGACUAAAGGUCUGAUGGAUGCGAGCGCAGACACUGGCUUGGACACGGAAGAAGAAGUUUUGGGUAAUGAUGAUGCCCAGGGGGUCUUUACUUUCAAGUUGCUUGAGGAUGAAACAGGAGUCAAGGUGGAGGUGGUGGGUGGUGCUGUCAAAGGCGAUUCGGAGGAAGAAUUAGGAUCUGGUGUUCGUCGUUGGGAGGAAUGGAUCGGCAUGUGUCUGUAA